AUGACUCUUGUAGCACUGCUAAUUGAGUUAUCGUCGACACGAAUGACAAGCAACUCCAUCGAGUUAUCGAGAAGAUUACACGAAAAGCCGAUGUUGAUAGCAGUCUCGACCUUAUCACCAGUUAGAACCCAAAGCUUGAUACCAGCAUCACUGAGAAGAGCAAUGGAUUCAGGAACACCAUCUUGUAAUCUAUCUUCAAUGGCAGUACCUCCAAUGAGCGUCAAGUUACGUUCAAAGGCAUCUGCAACUUCUUCAAUCUUCUCUUCACGGUUAACAAUUGCAGCAGCAGCAAGUUCAUGA